CACUGAACAACUAGGGAAAAAGAUGGACGACACAAGUGUCUGUACUCCGCUGUUUGCGGAGUCAGACGCUCAAAAUGACACAACUAGUACCCCUAACGCGGCUUCUCUCACAGAUGCUGACAAAGUAAUAAACACUAAAGUAGAUAGUACCCAGGUGGAAGGAGACAAGAGUGAAGAGGAGCUACUAAAGGGUCUCCUCACUGACGACUACUGCCAUGUGUGUGAGGCUGUGCUGCUCUUUGAAUCUCAGCGGCUGUCCCACUAUGAGGGAAAGAAACAUGCUCAGAAACUCAGGGUGUACCUGCAGGCCAAGAGGGCUGAGAAGAUGAACAAAGAGUCCACAGGACCCCAGCAGACCAUGACUACUGAUAAGGACCAUUUCUGUGAACUGUGUAACAUGGUGUUUAGUUCCCACGUGGUGGCAAGAUCACACUAUGAAGGCAAGGUCCAUUCAAAAAAUCUUCGUAAACAAGGUUUCCAGCCCCCAGACAGGUACACAGAGGUGCGUACUUUACCAAGUCUGAGUCGGGAUUCUCCUAAUACUGACCAGAAAUCAACUCCAGAGGGUUGUAUGGAGCACCUUCUGGACCCAACGGCCACAAUAACAACCCCCAGCACAGAGGUUGAUCUGAUGGACCCUGACAAGUACUGUGCCCUGUGUGCUGCUUCCUUCAACAACCCCCAAAUGGCUGUACAGCACUACAAUGGACGCAAACACCAGAGGAAUCAGGCCAGACAGGACCUGCUCAAAGAGCUCGGAGAUGAUGUGCAACAAGCCAACUCCCUGAUGUGUCAGAUGUGUAGUGUGCAAUUUAACUCGGUGGAGAUGUACCAGGCCCACAUGCAGGGCAACAAACACCAGAUUAGGGAGAAGAAGGUCACUGACCUGUGCAAAUCAUCCCAGCAAAAGGUCUACAGCACAUUUGCAGAUGAACUGUCAGAUUACAUUCAGGUCCAGAAGGCUCGUGGAAUCAACCCCAAGACCAGUCAAAUCCUCCCUCUGGGAGAUACACGGAAUGAGGAUGAGGAAGCUGAAGAAGAAGAAGUGGAAGUAUUAAAUAAGGGGAAUAUCACAGAACUGAACAAACCUAUGCCCAACUUCCCUCCCACCUCUACCUCUCCUCAUCACUCCCGUCUUGGUUGUUACAACCCAGUUAAGGGGUGGCAUCCUCCAUAUCAGGGCCCUGCCCUGCCAUCCCACGGCUGGGAUUACAACUGCCCACCUCCAGUCCUCCUAGGCUCAGGCCCUCCACUGUUCAGUAGUCGGCCCACAAAGAGAAGGAGGCGCAGAAAGCAGUCGAGCUCCUCCUCGUAUAUUACAUCAUCAUCUUACUCCUCCUCCACCUAUUCCUCCGGUAGCAGCAGCGCAAGUGACAGUGAUGACAGUGAAUACAGGCGCAGAGAAAAAAGGAGGAUCAGACGAUCCAGGAGGGAGAGAGACAGGAGGGAGAGAGACAGGAGGGCAAGAGACGAGGAGUCCGACAAGGAGGAGAAGAGGAGCAAGCGAGGGAGGAGGGAAAGAGAUAAUGGGUCGGGGGACAGGAGAAGAGGGGAAUUUGGAGAGUCCGAGGAAGAGAGAGAGAGGAGGCGGAUGAAGCGAAAAAAUCAUGGCAAGCGGAGGAGACGAGAAAAGAAAAACCGAGAGGAGGACUAUGGGGCGGAAUGUGGGGAAAAGGCGAUAGACACUUUAAUGCCAGAAGACACGAUGGACAGUAGAAAAGAGACUGAAGUGCAUAUUCAGGCUGAAAUGAAUGUUGAGCAGGGGGAUGGUGGACAGGAUGAGCCAGCAAAACCCAAACACAGGAAAGAGAAGAAGAAAACGAAAGAGAAAGUAGACACUAGGACGGAGGAGGAGAAGCUCUGGGACGACUCCAUCCUGGGCUGUUAAAGUCAAAAGGCCCAGUUUAACUUUUGAACUGCUGUCAUAUAGGCAAAACAUGAAGUUAUCAAGAACAUGACAUUUAAAAUCUCAAAAACUGAAUAUAUUGAAAUAAUCUUUAAAGCCUUAACAAAGCAGUUAUCACUAUGUGUUCUGACAGCCCAAAAGUGUUGUUCGUCUUAGGUGUGCUAGCUGGCUAGCCAUGUUUAGUCACUUUGUGUUUGAAAGGAAUGAAUGAAUCCCUCUCAUUUCAGUGUGUUCAUAGGGGUUUCUCAUUCUCACACAUAUCCACAACUAUAAUAGCUUUAUUUUUCACUAUGACACUUAAUAAUGUCUUUGGUUGGAUUAAUUUGCACAUUGUCAUUAAUUGCUGGCUGUAAUAUUGAAGAGCUCUCUUUUCUUGCCUAUCAUUUGAAAUGAUCAAGUCCUUUUGUCUCUUCACACAUCAGUAAAUUAAACUGUGUUAGAUUAUGUUGUCUGUGCUUCUAGCAAGGAUUUAAUAGUUUGUUGUCCCAUUAGCAGCCUGUGGUUGGUGCUGUUGAGCUUCAUUUAGAGCAUCAGUGAAGUAAAUAAAAGCCCAGAGAUGGUAGAA